AUGCCAGGUCUACAGCAGCAGCAGCAGCAGCAGCAGCAGCAGCAGGAUUCACCUCAUAGCUUGCUGCUGCCCUCAGAGCGCCAUCCCCUUGCAGUGUCGGAGAUUUCAUGUCAAAGGCACUCGCCAUUCACGCCUUUGAGCCUGCCGCUGAGAGAUCUGGUCGAUCUGUAUUUCCACUUCGUCCACAAUGGCCCCCACACCCUGUUUCAUGAGGCAAGCUUCUACUCAGAGCUGGAGGCCGGAUCCAUACCUGAGAUGCUUCCCUUGGCCAUGGCCUCUUUGUCGGCAAGAUUUUCGGCGAACCCCUUCUUUGAGAAUGUCGAUCCGCGCUCGCGAGGUAGAAGCUACGCCGACCACGCCAUGGACCUUCUCCAUCGGAAAAUGCUGGACCCGUCGCUUCAUACUGUCCAGACGUGUGUCAUCAUCGCCCACUUCCUGGGGGGAGAGGGAGAAGUCAAGGGCAAGCACAUCUACCUGGGUCUUGCACGCCUCCAUGCGCAAACCAUUCGGCUUUGGGAGAUGCCGGCCCAUUCGUCCAUCAUCACACGAGAGAUCCACCGACGCACCAUGCUGUCCGUCACCAUGGCGGGCAAUUGGAGUGCGGCAGACAUGUCUACCCGAACACUGUCGCCUGAAGAUCCCGAGAGCAUCAUUCCCCUCAUUGACGAUGUCGACUUUCUGGCCCUUGGUCCCGACAGCAUGUCGACCUCGACCACCGGACCUAACAUGCUGCAAGCCAACAAGAGCAUGUGGGCGCAGAUGGCUCUCACGAUCGACAUCUACGGUCGCAUCUGUGAUGUGGUCUCCGGCCUCUCCCACAAACGGCGAACUCUCCAGUCCUACCACGAUGACAUUGCCGACCUGGCCGCCGAGCUAAGCCGGUGGGGGGCAAGUCUUCCUCCCAACCUCACUUACACCAUGACCAACCUGGCUCGAUACGCCAACCUCGGGCUCGGCCGCACAUUUGCGUCCAUGCAUAUCGGAUACCACCACUUCUGGCAAAUGUUGUACUAUCCAUUCCUCAAUCUGCGCCAGCAUCAACAAUUACCUCCUCAACUCCACGAAAUCUACGCCGAAGACAAGUAUGCCAUGAUGUGCAAGGAACAUGCCAUGCUGGUGUCGGAUAUCGCCAAGGUCGCCUUCAAAACCAGUGGCUGUGAGCUGGUUUGGUAUCUCAACGGGCAUAUCCUGGUCGUCAGUUCGAGCGUGCACCUGCACACACUCUUGUUCAGCGAAAGCCUGGCCGAGACCGACAUGGCUCGGGAGCGAUUGAUCUCCAAUUUUGAGAUCUUGAUGCAGCUGAAAAUGUAUUGGCCUGUGACGGAUCUAUCGGUGUCCCGUCUUCGCACCUUCCAGAAUAGCUGUCGCAUGUCCACGUCAGAUCCCUUUGUUCUCGACGAGUGGAUGCUCAAGUUCCUCAUGGAACACACAGCCAAUGUACCACUCAGCAGGCCCAUGGCUGAAUACCCGCCGCACAAGGAGCCGUCAGAAUCAGCGCUGCCGGAUUUGCCCGACUCGUUGCAUGAAAGAAGGAGGUCAUCUCAACUCACGAACAGCGAGUGGAAGGGCAGAACCCUCGGUGAUACUUCUUCCAGUAGCCUCAGUACCAUUCUGCACCAAAAAGAUAUAAGCAAUGAAGCUGUGGUUGAGAAUGCGCUCUCAUGGCUGCUGGGUUAUGAUUCGGCCGGCUCAUUGGACUCCUCUCAACCGGGGUUCAGUUAG